AAGACAUGGGAGGGCUGGGAAAAAUGUUGCUUUCUGGUAAAACGUGGAUUCUGUGAAAUGUUUGUGUGAUCUUGGUGGGGAUUAUUUGCAUAACUGGUUUCAUUAUAUUUUUUUAUUCCAACUCUAUUCUUCUUUUCUACUUGUAUAUAUUUUCUUAUUUAUCUAACGUUUCACGGCAACUUUGCAAGCUUUACAAACUUUGUAAACACCAUCUCUAUCUUCGUCUUUUCACUUUGGGAGAAAACAGCUGCUUAGUUGUCAUGAAUAGGCUUCUUUCUGUUUCUCUGCACAGUAUUUACUGACAGUAACGAACGCUUUCCUCCUACCGCCGUUGCCAUGGAGAGCGUUGCUACGUGACGGUUGUUGACGCCAGGAAGACGCUGGUCGGGCCUAGCAGCAGUUAGCAGGACAGGGAUGGACGAUAGCUUUCAGCUCUCGGAGGCUGCGGCGAUAAAAAAUGUUGCAAAGUCUGGGCGAAGAGCUCGUCUCCCCGCAGACCAGUCUUCAUUUGAGGAUUCGCGUCAUGGUCCCCCUUCAAAACCAGCUCGACGACAGGGUGGCUGGGCAGAGGAAAGCUCUGGGUCCGGUUCUACCAAAUCUUCACGAAGGCCUGCAGCGGAGGACCUGGAGGACCGUCGCCUGCGACCACAAACUCCCCAGGGGUCCGAUGAUGAAGGAGAUAUUCCAGUGAUUCCAGACCUGGAAGAAGUACAGGAAGAAGACCUCACCAUGCAAGUGGCAGCUCCACCAAGCGUCAAGGUGAACCGGGUAAUGACCUACAGGGAUCUGGACAAUGACCUGAAGUAUUACUCUGCCUUCCAAACCUUAGAUGGAGAGAUUGACUUGAAGCUCCUCACCAAGGUUUUGGCACCAGAACAGGAGGUGAAGGAGGAUGAUGUGAGCUGGGACUGGGAUCGUCUGUUUACAGAGGUGUCCUCAGAGCUGCUGAUGGAAUGGGAUCAAGGAGACAGUGAGGAGGCUGCGUUGCCCGUAGCAUGAGAGAUGUUUUAGCCAGAGAUUUCAAAAUGGUGAAUGCUCUUUAGACAGAAAAGGCAAUGACUGGGUCAGUAAAUAAAAUUGUUUUCGUUAUCUAGAUAUAGUGUAUAUUUUGUAAAUUGUACAUACAGCAUUUCAUUUUCUAAUUAAAGUUUGUAUACAGCAAAAUGUGCUGUGCGGUUAUUGGAACCCUCUCCUUGUUUAGUAAGUUUGUUUUCAGUUAGUUUGGAACUUAAAUCGCCAUAAGGUGAACUGACUUAGUUGGAAAAUCCUCUGAAAACAGCUGUCACAGAUAAAAAUGCCCUUCGUGUACCGUCAGCAUUAUCACACCCGCAUACAAGUCCAAGGUUGAUAAUCAGCUAAGCUGAAAUCCACUUGAUUGUGUUCAAAUUAACAUUCCUCAUUAAAGUCUACAACCUUAUUGUUA